UAUUCUUCACAUUUAGAAAUGUGUAUUGAUGAGAGUAUUCCACCGGUCCUGCAGGAAAUUUUAUAUUCUGACUUUCUGAGCUGCUCCGGCUCGUCGUCCUCGAACGACUGGCACUCGCCAUCCCUUCUCUAAUUCUCCGGGCAGGGCCGAGUUACCUCUCUCCAUGGAUCAACCGCGGAGCACCAGAAUCAAACCAAGAGGAGCUCUAGACCCUUCAGCUUCAAGUGUUCCCCCAAGAACUCCUCUCGCCACCAGUUUCGUCGCCCUCUUCUUGGGUCCGAAUACCCGCUGCCCCAUUUUAAGCCCGUCGUUGUCGGGCUCCGGCAGCAAACGGUGCGUCGCCGCCAUGGUCAUCCCUUUCUUGAAAGGAAGUGCAUGGGAGCAACCACCUCCAGAUCUGCCAUCUUACCUAUACAAAAAUCGAAUUGUAUACUUGGGCAUCUCUCUCACCCCAUCUGUGACAGAGCUAAUCCUUGCGGAGUUUCUUUACCUUCAAUAUGAAGAUGCUGAGAAGCCAAUUCAUCUUUACAUUAAUUCCACUGGCACAACUAAGGGUGAUAAAAAACUGGGUUAUGAAACUGAGGCUUUUGCAAUUCAUGAUAUUAUGAGAUACGUUAAUCCACCUGUUUUCACACUUUGUGUUGGCAAUGCUUGGGGAGAAGUUGCUUUACUUUUGGCUGCUGGUGCUAGAGGACAUCGUGCUGCUUUACCAUCAUCUACAAUAAUGAUUAAGCAACCUGCUCGUAGGUAUUGUGGGCAAGCAACAGAUACUGAUCUUGCAAGAAUAGCAUUGAAUAAUGUGAAGGCCGAAUUGGUAAAUUUGACUGCAUUUUGUUAUUUUGUACCAUCUACUGUUGCAGUUGCUUGUGUUAUGAUUUCAAAUUUUGAGCUUAAGGUUAUAUUGAACAUCUGUAACAUUUCAUUGAGGAGACUUUGGACUAAUAUAUAUGACAACUGGUUAGUCUUUCCUGUUGCCCUGCUUCCUAGCUCAGAUUCAUAAACUGGUUACACUGGAGAAAAGAC